AAGCCUCAUUGCAUAAUACAUAUUCAGGUGCCAGGUAUAUACAAGGGCAUUUUAUUUAAGAGAGAUUAAGAAUGUAAGAAUCACUAAAAUCUUGCAUCAGGGACUUUCCUGUCUACGGUUACCACGUACCAUAGUUAUUGACAAACGUCAUUUCCGUUGAGUGCACCACGUGACCAGUAUAGACCAAUCGUGGACCAAUUAUUCGAAAGGGGAUUCCCCCAAUCGAUAUGAAUAAACACGGGGGUUUCCGUCUCGCCAUUUUGACUGCACACCAAAGAAAGAGGAAACACUUGUGAUUACCUUACAGUAAAGACUCGUUGGGUGACGUUUUGCCGGACUUUCAAGCAUCCCCAAGAUCACCAGUAUAAAGACACCAAACGCUUCCACAAGCUCCAUUCUUGUUGCAAAGUCGGUAAAUCUACUGUGAUGGCGAGCCUAUUUCAUGAAACAGAUGUCUUCACGACCAACAAGUCUAACCUAUGGACCAUCGAGUGGCUAAAGGACACAUCAUUGAAGUUUGCGAAAUACAUGAAGGUGUUGGACCUUACUGGUAUUGGAUUUGAAAAUAAUUCCCACAUUCAACUACUUGACGAGGAUACGUUUAUCAAUACCACUAACGCAGUGAUCGACAAACUCCAAGCUGAUAAUGUCGUUCACAUACGACUGGUAUCGCUUCGUUUGCCUGAAUAUCCGUAUGUGAAAGAACAAAAGAAAAAGGAAAGGCCACAAGGUCUGUUGGUAGCAGAAUGUAUCGGAAAGAUUCUCUCCAGGGUAGCUGUUGAUCACAUUUACUUUCAAACUGGGGGCUGCCUGGAACAAAUCUACAUGAUGUGUGCCCAAAUCAAUGACAUGCGCGUACAAAACCCCAUUCACGUUCACUGCCCUUAUAGGGAGUCUGCAAGGCGCUACUGUACAACCAAUCCAUGCCGGCCCCUACAAGUUAGACUUUAUCAUUUGACAGAGUAUCCAAAUCGAUCGAAGCGGUCAGGUCCAGAUGACGAAUUCUGCUUGAAUGUACGCCUUAAUCUUAAUCCUAGAAAAACGUGUGCUGACGACUCUGGGCAUACCGAACACCCAUCUGACGAAGAUCAUGGUGAUACCUGUAAGAUGAUAACAGUGCACAUCUCUAUGCACACGUUCAUUGACCCUACAGGAAGAUCCGCCUUUGGGUUAGAAUUAAGAACAUCGCAAGGCCUGUCGUUAGAAGACUUUCCAAAUAUUGACGUCAUCCCUCAUUACGGCGAGAAUAACACUAUGAAUCGUAUACAUCGUCAAAGGGGGGAAGUCACCUCUGUGACAGUAGAAAUGUGCCGUGAGCUUGGAGUAACAUCUGUGCUUGAGUGGCCAAUACAGGUGUCCUUGACGUAUGAUGACACCAUAGCUAGGGACGCAAAGUCCGCUUGUUUUGACUCAAGGGAAGGUGGCUAUAGCCAUCCUUUGACGCGGAACGAUGACGCAGACUCUUUAUCUGAGUCGCUAGAGAAGAUAUCCCCUCCUCGCUGUGUCACAGUCGCUGUCCUGGACACAGGGAUUCUCGCUUGCCGUAGUGAAUUCCUUGGUAAGAUCGCUGCAAUUAAGAAUUUUGUGCCGAACGAAGCGAAUGACCUCUGUUAUGACUAUAAUGGUCACGGAACGGGUUGUGCAGGUAUCGUGCUUCAGACCGCUCCUUUUAUACGGUUGGUGAUCUGUAAGGUGAUGAGUAGUCAAGGAUGCGGUCAACCGAAAUGGGCGGCAGAUGCCAUUGAUUGGUUGUUGAAUGACGAGUCCGGCCCCAAGAACUACUGCCCAGUUGACGUUAUUUCUAUGUCGUUGGGUUGGAACUCCUUUGAUUCCAACCUGAGACGGGCAGUUUCUGACGCGAUUGCCCAAGGCAAAGUGGUGGUUGCUGCCGCAAGUAACGACGGGAGAAGGCAUGUGACAAAUAUCGCCUUUCCCGCGAGAUUUGGGGACGUGAUCUGUGUGGGAAGCUGUAACGAUUUGGGCCAGCCGUCUUCCUUCACCCCAACUGGACGCGAGGUCGACUUUCUUGCACCUGGAGAAAACAUACAAGCCCCAGGUUCUGACGGCUUUGACCAAGUCAAAAUCAUGUCCGGAACAUCAGAGGCAACACCAGCAGUUGCCGGCAUCGCAGCCAGGGUGAUUUCCUACGCUGAAGAUAUAGGUGGACAAGAGAUGCGUUCUGCCGUCUGCCACACAGCUGUCAUGCGAGAGGUUCUUCGUAAGAUGGCGUCCAUGCCUGGUCACCACGACGAGCACAUGGGGUACGGGAACCUGAACCCUUUGAGACUGUUCAAGUACGGACCAGACCACUUCCGGCAGGUGGUGGAGGAGAUCGUCGGGCCACUUCCUGUACCUCAGCCCGCACGCCGAGAUGCUGGGACACAGACACACGAGUUUAACUGCUAAAAUAAAGCAGGGCAAGAAACUCGUGAGCAGGGACACUAAGAUAACGAUAGUGAUGAAGUGGGCAUGGGAACUAAAGUUUAGAACUCAGAACUGUAAAUAUCUCAGAACUGUACACCUCUCAGAACAAUAGUAGAGUAGUAUAAAUGAGAGAAUAAGUAGCGUGCGUAAUCCAGUGGUUAGUGACCCUGCCUCUGGACCAAGAAGUCAUGUGUUUGAAUGUUUAGCUGUAUGUAAGUCGAGGUCCUUAGGGCGGGACGUUAAGCCAUGGUCCACUGAUCAUUGUACUUGUCAACAGGAGCUAUUGGAAUUUUUCCGGUACAAUGAACCUGUAUAUACUGUACGUCAUCGGUACCUCAACUGUUGAUUGAUUUCAUUUCGGUUAAACUGGUAGAAGAUCCCUUUUAUUUUUCCACUCUUAACGAUCGAGUGAGAAAACAUUGAGUACGAGCGGAGU